CUAACGGGCAGUCAUCUCUCCUCGCAUGUGGGGCUGUUUCUGCUGUUCUCAUUCUCUAUCUUUCAAGUUUACACUAGCAACUCAUAGGAAAUAAAGAAGAGGAUAAGUAUGCAAAGAGCACCUCAGCCAAGCUGUUUUGACCGGGUUAAAGUUGGCUUCAUGAUCGGAUUUGCUAUUGGAAUGAGCUCUGCUGCGCUCUUUGGAACCUAUUCUGCGUUCAAAUAUGGACUAAGAGGAAGAGAGUUAGUCAGUAGUGUCGGCAAGAUCAUGCUUCAAGGAGGAGGAACGUUUGGAGUGUUCAUGUCUGUUGGCACAGCUAUCAGAUGUUGACUUCUAACAGAGUGGGAUUUUUUAUUCUGUAACGAACACCAGUCAUUGCUAAGGCUAGGAUAUCAUUAUGUGAGAGAUGCUGGCAAACUUUCAACACAGUCUGUGCUGUCAAUGUUUAUAAUGAUUAGAACACUGUAUCCUGUCAUAUAUGACAUAAGUUCAGCAGAAAACUAAGGAAAAAAAGAUGAAAAUAAAAUGUUACCCAUAGAAAAGGAAAAGUCAAGUCAAAUCA